AUGUACGCAGUUACCAAAGCAACUGGGCGGUGCCUGGGCGCGCGAGAAGGAACGUGAGAAGGGGGUUUUGCCAGUUUGCACAUCCUUACAGCGUAAUCCUCCUUGAACUUCCAGACCACAGCUCCUGCUCCAAGUGUUUCCCCAGUACCCGAAGGUCAUGGGUCGGAUUUCGGGCCUUGUGCCCUCUCGCUUUCUGACGCUCCUGGCGCAUCUGGUAGUCGUUAUCACCUUAUUCUGGUCCCGGGACAGCAACAUCCUGGCUUGCCUGCCUCUGAGGUUCACCCCGGAGGAGUAUAAGAAGCAAGACAUUCAGCUGGUAACAGCACUUUCUGUCACCCUGGGCCUCUUUGCAGUGGAGCUGGCCGGUUUCCUCUCAGGAGUUUCCAUGUUCAACAGUACUCAGAGUCUCAUCUCCAUCGGGGCUCACUGUAGUGCUUCUGUGGCCCUAUCCUUCUUCAUAUUCGAGCAGUGGGAGUGUACUACAUACUGGUACAUUUUUGUCUUCUGCAGGUGCGGUAGCAUUCAUUAUCUGGGAUGGGAAGGGAAGGUUUACCCCAAAUCUGAAGAUUUUCCCAUCCAGUCCUUUUUUCCUCCAUGUUUGAGAUACCAGAUCUGCCCUCAUCGAACUUCCCUGUACUCUGGAGUUGGGGAUCAGUGGUCUGGAAAUUUGGAUAUUUAUAUUGGAAGAAGCUCUGAAACCAUUACCUCCCACAGUGCCCUCCCAGCUGUCACUGAAAUGGCAUUAUUCGUCGCUGUCUUUGGGCUGAAAAAGAAACCUUUCUGAUCAUCUUCAUGGCAGGAAGGUAGGGAGGAAGACUGGAGGAACCAGGGGCCGCUUACCGUCGUGGAAGAAGGGACGCAUAGGCUUCGAUCCUUGCUCAUUUCUUUCCACCCCCACCAUGGCCAGAGACUGCUUUGUGGGAGAGGGUGGUGAUGUUGGGGUGAUUUUCUCUUGGCUCGGAUUAGCGUUUUACUUAUAUUUUAUAAUAAAAUAUAUUUUAUGCUAAGAACAAGCCUUACACUUUCAUAAGACAAUUAGGGUGACCAAACUGCUGGAGAAAAGAAAGGCUGUUUUGCGGCUCUGCCGACCUUAAAAUAAUCUGUAGGGAUUCUAUUUUGAUUUUUUCCGUAGACGGCGGGUGGAAGGCUGUGGGCGGGGAUAUGUAAAUAAAUAAUGCGCGUAGCACGAUGUGAGCGAGGCAUUCUGGGAAGGAAGUUAUUGCUCCAUUUUUGGCAGCUGAAUGGAAAACAAAUUAUUUUAAAGAUUUCCGAAUAAAUAGUGCGUUAGAAGUGGAGGAACACUGGGUAACUGAAUUGUUCAGGCUAACCCAUAAUAUAAUCACCCUAUCUUGUAGUGGUAUCUUUUCUGCUGAGGAGUCAACAACCGAUAUUUCCACCAUAUCGUCAGGUGGGAUAAUCCUUACCUGUCCCUCCUUUUGGAGGGCAGAUAGAAUAUGAUGAUUGGAGUUUGCAUGAUACGUGAUUAGCGUUUCUGCGUGAUCAGGACUUGCAACACCCUGAUUACUCCUAUCUGAUUCUUCCUGACGAUCUUCUUUUUUUAUGUGUAGCAGUGAAUAGAUAUUUUAUCCACUGUUAUGUAAGUUCUGUGUUUUUUCGUUGUAGGGUUUUUUCUUCUUAUUUGAGGU